AUGUGGACUCGGUUCUUGAACUCCCUCAGUGACAGGCAAAAGGUGGAGCUUCUUCAGUUCCACACCAUCUCUUCCUUCAUCUCCAUCUCCAACUUCGAUACUCUCACCAACCCAGUUCAGACCCAGGCCGGCGACGACCCGAAGAGACUUCAACUGAACGUCACAACUUCAGGCAGCAGCGGAGUGAGCAUGACCACUGGUGCGGCUAACGCCACUAUCACUGGCGCCGUGUACACCGACAACAAGCUCGCCUUAUAUCAGGUCGACAAAGUUCUUCUUCCACUAGACUUUGUGCUUCGUACGGCUCCGUCACCUUCCCCGGCGGCGGCGAAGGCAGAUUCGCCCAAAUCUGAUAACACAAAAUCGUCGCCUGCAAAUGAGAGUACGACGGUGAUGGUAAAGCCAACAAGGCCAACACUAUGGAAUCCUCUGCAGGUUCUGUGAGUUUCCACUCGGAGAAGAUACCCUUUGUUCUUGGGAUUGCAUUUCUGGGUGGAGCCAUGAUUCUUUGAAGUGAAAGCUGAUGGAAGAUUUCAAUCAAUUUUGUUUUACUAUUUGGUUACUGUUGGGUUACAUAUAUUUAGAUCUCUG